CCAAGACACCAAGAGGAAAAGAAACAGAACUGUACUCCAAUGACCCUGUGGUCUAAAUGAACACAUAACAAUAAUCUUACAGUAACACCUAAGGAAUCAAAAGGUCACAAACUCUGGGAGAGAGCGGAAACUUUAGAUGAGGAGGCGUUUACUGCCACAGGAUGUUUUCCCUCAAGAGAGGGUGUGUGAGGUUCAGUCACUGCAGCACCGUGGGAGUGCUUCAAUCAAGAGACCAAACGAGGAUAUGAUGUAUAACAGUCACAGAACAAUGCAUGCAUGGAACCAGGGCUGAUGAUAUCGGAGUAACGGAUCAGAUCUCUCUGCGGCGUACAGUGUGUGCAGCUUUGUGUGUGUAGUUUUGCUGGAGGAGCUUCCAGUUUUAGGUGAUGAGGGAAGGCCUCGGGGACAUUACUGUGCUGGAGGCAAGUUCACACUCAAGGUGCAAAAGAUCAAGAUGAGUGUUUGCUGGAUGUUCAUGGUCCUCCUGGCCUGCAUGGCAUCUCAUGCCGCUCAGUCUCAGAGCACAUGCACCUGCAGUGAGAAGUUUACAAAGCAGAUAACCAUCUGCUCACCCAGCACAGAAACUGUGUAUGUACCCUGCCCGAACAUGACCGCUGACAUCAUGACCUUCACCCUUCUCAAGGACGAAGAAAUUAUUUCCAACCAGACAUGUAACAAAGAACAAGAUGCACAAAAUUGUACAUUGGUCAGGUUCUCCCUGAAUGAAAUGACCCACAGGAGCAGUGGCAUCUACAGAUGUGAGGGCAGAUCCAUAUUCCCUCCUCCCUCUAUAAAAGUACAAAGUGAUUUGAGGAUCCGCAUACAUGUAGGUAAGGACACCAUAAGAAUUGUACUGGAAUCAACCAUAAAAAAUGUGAUAACCCAUUUCUCUGGAUUUGGAUUCUGGUGGUUGUACUUCUCAGCAUCUACAGCAUAUCUGUCACCAUCAUCGCCUUUAGAUUCUGGGUCAAGCUGAGGAAGACAGACUCCAGUGACUACAUGAACACCAAACCCAGAGCGCAGAGGGACCGCAGGAAGAAAAAAGGGGUUCAGAAUCCUAUACCACGACACUUCUGAUAUCUCAUCGUCUGACCAUUUGCACAGCUAUCCCCAUUCAUUUAGAUGUAAACAGAAGGGAUGUACUUGUAGUAGCUUACUCUGAACAGGACAUUAUUGUGAAUGAGGUUUUGUGUGAGUUAGUUUUACGUUAAUGUAGUUGUUGUUUUUUGUCUACACAGCGAAAGUAGCAGUUUCUUUUACAGUUGUAUAAAAGAAUAAUAAUUAAAAAAAACACACAUACCCAACAGCUCUGGUUUUGCUUGCUUCCUGUUUCACACACACACCCCUAGCUGGAAGCCCUCUCUGUGGUCGAAACAGAAGGUGGUGUCUGAAUGAGGGGAUUUUAACCACAAAUGGUUAAUUCAGUUUGUAAAUCUGUGUUAUCAUAUGGAUCAGAGACCACAAUCUCAUGUAAAAUCUCAUAAUGUAAAACAGCCAGGCUGUUCGAGGCCUCUAUAGAAUACGGUGUAAAGAGUCAAAAUACCAUUAACGUCACAUCACACUUCUUUUUCCAGUUUGCAUGCUCUUAUUUCUGUGAAAACAGACACAAGAGUUAUCAUCACUGAUGAGAACCAGAUUACGGCAAGGAGAGGCAAACACUUCAAACAAUAACAAUCUGCACCAUUUCCUGUCUUCCUUCCUCUACUUUCCCCCCCUCCUUCCUCGCACUUUUCUGCAGAUGUGGCUGCUUCAAAGGGACUCCACCUUUACCUUGCUCACCUUGCAGUUUCUGUGCAGUUACUGCAAGCGCACACCGGGUUUUAUUGGUUUCAAUUUAGCUGCAUGGUUUUACUCAUCUACUACCACACACAUUCAGCAAGAUUAACAUAUUGUUUCUGUUAGCUCUUCGAGCCAUUCUGAGACAGAUGAUUAAAAACAAACGUCUUUUAUGAUAAAAAAAGUUUUUUUCCCUCCUCCACAGUCACUGCUCCUGAAGACAGACACUCUUUUAGAAACUGGGGAAUUGAGAGCAAAGAAACUUUUUCUGCUGAAGUUGCAAAAAAGUUAUUCAAAGACUGCAUACAAGCUUUAUUGGUGCCUAAGAAAAAUUACAUAUAUUGUGUUCAUCAGAGUGUGGCUUUUUAAAUCUUGCAGAAGCAAAAUUCAAGGUUUUUGUCAUGCUUGUGGUAAACAAACUGUCCUACUUUCUUACUAAAUGUACAGGUUUAUUUUUUUU